CCGCCGACCACGCGGCUGCCUCUCCGUCCAUCGCGGUGGCGCCGGAGCCGGUGAGGCCGAUUGGACGACCAAGGAAUCCCUUCCCGCCCCUCGCGCGUCCAUAUCCGGCCUGCUCCGAUCCCGAUCCCCCCUCCCACGCGGCGCCGAGUCAGCCGACCACCAACCCCUCGCGAGGUAGGUCACGAAGGUAUCUCACCCCGAACCCGAAGGUACACGCACGCGCUGACGCCUGUUCCGCUCGGAGCCUUGCGUCACAUACUCACAUGGUGGCGCGGUGCGCACAUGGAAGAUGCAGAGAUAGUACCUGCGUAUCCGCGCGCGACCAAGCCGUGCAACCGCAGGUGCAAAGCAUGCCAAUUGGGGUUCUAGCGAUUCCCGCGUAGUAUAAGUCUGGCGUGUUGGUUCACCACACCCGACGCAAAGGAUUCCCUCACAUUGGGAUUCUGUUUCAUAUUUUACCGUGAUGAUGCACUGUCCCUAAAUUUUGGGUUCUAGCGGUUCCCGUGUAUGGCUGGUGUAUGGCUGGUCAUAGUGGGAGUAACUUAGCGACUAACAUAACACACUUCAAUUUUUUUUUACUUAUGUGGCAAGUAGUUAAUGAGAAGUAGUAACAUAAUAUGUUACUGUAACAUAGCGCUUCCCAAUACAAGAUGAGUCUACAAGCUAAUAAAUGAAGCCAUCUAUGACACUACUACUAUGUUACUUUGCACUAUGAAGGUAGUAACUUAGACUAGUGUCAUAUGCAUGACACUAGUAUAAGUUACUCCCCACUAUGACCAGCCUAACAUUGGCGUGUCGGUUCGAGGAAACCGUGCUAAUUAGCAUGCGAUAAUCAUGGGGUUCUUCUUAAUACUAGCUACAGUGCUUUUAUUUUAGUCAUUCGAGAGUAGUGACGGCAGGACAAGUGCAGACAAACUACAUUGGUCGUGAGAUUCUGUUCAUAUGUGGUGGUGAUGCAGUAGGACUAAAAUUAUCUCUGAACAUGACUUGAACGUUGGGUUCUAGCGGUCUACAUGUUUAAGAGUUGAAGGAGACAAUGCUAAUUAGCACAUGAUAGUCAUGGACUCUGUAAUUUUGCAUUCCGUCUGUUUUAAUUCUGUCAGCAUUUUGUUUUGCUAAUAGUUGUGGGGAAGGAUUGGAACACGAUUAUAUAUAUUGCUUCCAGAAAUGAUGUCAAUUUUAUUCGAUUCAAACGUUUAAUUGUCAGCAAAACCAGGUUAAGCUUUGCUCCGGAAUGGUGCCUACAUGACGUUCCUUCCCUAAUAUUUUUUCCUGGUCUGAGUCGCGAGUCAGAAGGUCCACGUUAACUGAAGCGAAUCAGAUUUAUCUGGAAUAUUUUGACUUUGGAGAAUGGCUCCGACCUUAGCUUGCCAAGCUUGUUUAGCAGGAAUCUACCCCUCUUGCAGCAACUUGCCAGUACUUUAGUUUUCUAUUGUUAGGCAGCUUGGAUUAUGCAGGUGAUGGUGACAAGUUUCCACAGUACUAGUGGCUGUUAUCUUCCCAUUUCAAAGUUCAAUGUACUUCCGAUCUCAACAGUAGGACUAAAAUUAUCUCUUAACAUGUCUAUAAUAUGGGGUUCUAGACUUCUAGUGGUCUCCAUGUUUAAGAGUUGGAGGAGACCAUGCUUGUUAGGAGUAUAUGAUAGUCAUGGAUUUGUAAUUAUGUAUUCCGCCGGUUACAAUUUUCUCUCAGCAUUUUGUUUCUCUAAUAUGGGGAAGGGUUGGAAUACGAGCAUGUAUAUUGUUUUGAUAAAUGACAUCGAAUUUAUUCGAUUCAAACAUCUAAUUGUUAACAAAACCAGGGUAAGCCUUCAUGACAUGCUCCCCUCAUAUUAUUCGUGGUCUGAGUGGUGAGUCAUACGGUUCAUAUUAACAGGAACAAAUCAUAUUUAUUGCUCACUAAAAAAAAAUCAGAUUUAUCUAAAUUUUUUUGACUGGAGAAUGGCUCCGACCUUAGCUUGCCAAGCUUGUUUAACAGGAAUCUAUCUUGCAGCAACUGGCCAGUAUUUAUGUUUUCUAUAGCUAGGCAGCUUAGAUUAUGCAGGUGAUGGCGACAAGUUUCUAUAGUACUAGUGGCUGUUACCUUCCAAUUUCAAAGUUCAAUGAUUUCCCAUAAUUGUUGAAAUUUCCGGCCGUCUAGCUAGGCUCAUAUUUCAGUAAUGUCUCAGUCAUCUGAAAGAGAAAUCAGUUGACCAUGCAUUGCCGCCCUUGGACUGUAAUAUAUUGCUUACUCAAACCUGAGUUUAACCAUACACAAGUCUAUGUGGUAGGAUGCAAACAAAAUAUUGACCUCAGUUGACAGUGAAUUUUUACUUUAAUGUACACAGGCCUCAAGUUGUACUGUAGUUUACCUAGAGGAGAGAUCGGUUGUCUUCUAUCGUGACCGUGGGAUUCUAUCUUGAGAAUAAGGCAUAUUGCAGAGGUUUAUUUUUGAACUGCAUGAGGUAUGCAUUCAUUGGACCAUGCUGUAAUAUAUCUGACCCCUUGAGAAAUUUGUUUUGGCUGGUAGUUCUUAGUGAGUUGAUACGCUAGCCAACUAGUAAGUGAUGCAUCAAACCAGAAAUUAGCAUGUCCUCUAGUGUUUGCUAAUCUCAAUUUUUUACCUAAAUGGAAGACAAACUUCUUGUACUAGAACUAAGUUUCGUUCUUCAGAGGAGGACAGCACACAGCCACACAGGCAAACCACGUUAUUCUAGCAUGCUAUGUCUAAUCAAUGGCAUCGGAACCUUCUGCCUCCCUCUCGUCCAGAUAAACCAAACAUAUACUGUACAGUGCUAGUGCGUCUUCGUUUGUACUUCCCGUUGGCAUCCAUGUUGAGUAGUAUACCGUGUAUCUUAUGAGGGAUUAGGGAACAUAUCGAUAGACAAAGGAUGAUGCUUUAGGUGACUUGCUAACUAGCUGGGGAUUAGGAGACCAGCAAGCUGAUGCUACAGAACAGAAAGCAACAGUUUGUUUUGCUGCUCUUGUUUUCAGCAAUUGCUGUGAGAGGCUCCUCUCAACUACCGAACCCCAUAGGGCUUUGAUUGGUGGAAUUCUCAGUGAUCUUUGUCCACUGUUCUUUCUUCACAUAUUUUGACAGACGUUAGGCCGCAUUGCAUCAGUGAAAUGCCGACAAGUGUCAUUUGAGAAGCUCUCUAUUAUCAGCUUAAACCCUCUGACCUCUGCCACUUGUUUCAAACCUUUAUUCUUAUUCUCACCUGGCGUGGUCAUUGGAUAUUCGAAUUGCCCACUCAGGAAUUUUAGGCAAAUGCUGACUCCAUCAAUGUAUUACCAUAUAAUACUGCAUAUUUGAUUUAUAUUGUCUAAUUAAUAGUUUCUUUCCUUGUCCAGCAGCAGUGCUUACCAACUAUGAUUAUGAUGAUAAUUAGGUAUCCACCUGCCGUCCUUAACUCAUUUGAUGUCAGUGAGCAUGUUUCCUGAGCAUGCUAGGCUCUCGCAUCGUUGACAAAAUGGACCAUACAACCAUUCCUGUUAGUCUCAAAUCUCAAGGAAUUAAUUUGAGCCCUCUAUGACGAAAUCUUGUAGGGUGUGGUGGGGGCAUAUGAUACUUAAUGUCCGGUUGUGAAGGCAGUUGUACUGCUGGUUGUGAUGAAAAGUACCAUGCUGCCAAGAUCCUUUUUAAAGUGAUUAUUUCUUUUACAUCAUAUUGUCUACACUCUUACAGUUGUACUUUGGCAUCUUUUUCUUUUUCUGGUCGAACACAACAAUAUUCCAUGACCAAGUAAAUUCACAAUGUUACUCUUGACAAUGUGCAGAUGUUGCCAGCUUUGCUUGUCCUGUAAUAAAGACAUCUCAGCAUAGUGCAGGAAAAAAUAUUUAGUUACCUCAGUGGAAUCAUCCAGACUCUCUCCAGAGAAAAAAAAUUAUACAAUGCUGAAAGCUCUCCGGAACACACCAUUUGUGCACUUGUAAUCUGAAGUUCUGAAAUAGUCAGUGAAAAGCUGGACGUGGUUGGACUCCAUCCAGAUUUUCCUGCUGUUGGUAGUUUCUGGAAACGAUCAUUUUGGAAUUGCCAGGCGGGAAGGCAGGAGAAACAUUCAGAUUCGUAGCAAGAGGCAGCCUGGAACCAGGAAAUCUGUGUGGCCUACGCUUGUGUUUUGUAAGUUCCACUUUGCAACAGCUCUACUCCUUGAGACAAGCAGCUUUGCCCUCUUUUAGUUUUACUCUAUUGUCUACAUCUCAUAACUCCAUCAGAAUCUGCCAAUAAUUUGUAUCACCUUACAAUAAUGGGCUUUAUGAAUACCUGAUUGGUACCAAAUAAAGAAUCCAGUUUGGGAGAAAGUUGGUGCCAUGAAUUUAUUACACCACAAAUAAUUUGUACACACAUUAGCAUGACAAAAUUAACUUGGUUUGGGCUGGUCAAUGAUCAUGAAUAAUGUUUAAGUAUUAAACGUCAACAUUAAUUCUGUAUCAGACUGAAUGAAGCGGUACUUAUAUUUUUAAAGAGAUAUAAUAUAGUACUAAGAAACCAUUUCUUGAGCACAAAAGUUCAAAUCAUAUGAUUUGCAUCUAGGUCGCAUUUUGUUGCCGCUCUACGUUGCCAUUGGCACAUAUGUGCAGGCCAUAGCAGCUUUGAAGUAGCAACAGCACAUAGUCCAACAAUUGACUAGAUGCUGCCACGUAGCAAGAAGAAUUCUUGGAAUAUGCCAUUAGCGUAUUCGCAGUCCCUUCUGUUUCAUUCUGCCAGGCCAGCAAAAUGACACAUUGCACACGUAUGCUUUUUCUCUUCUAUUUUUAUUGUGAUGUUUUGGGGGGUAUGUAUGUAUGCUGUGAAGUUGGUGGGGAACUACACAAGAGCCAAUCACCUCUAGCUCAAUCCAUGUUGCAUUAGGCUCCAAGAUCAGGACAAUUUAGCAUGCAUCAGCCAUGAAGGUGGGGUCCACACAUUCUCUUUUCUCCACUGCUAAUCUCUUGCCCCUCCGCCAUGUGGUUUCUCUAUAAGACACGGUGUGAGGCUACACAUCAAGGCAAUUCUUAUCGUAGAUAGCAACUAAAAUGGAGACCAUGUCAUAUCCUUGUUCCCCUCUUCUCUCCCUCCCCACACAUGAAGAGAGCAGCUUUUUCAUGUGGUCUCCUCAAGUAGCUCUCCACGAGAAUGCCACCAUCCAUGUUGAUCAUCCCACUGAUCAGCAACCUGAUAAUGUGUUCUUGGACACUGCAGCUCAAGAUUAUGCUAAUGAUUGGCAUCAACAAGAUGCUUCUGAUCUUGGUGUGUUCACCUAUUGUGAUGAGAGGAUUCUGGGCCAAGAGAGUGGCAACUUGGUCGCGAUCCAGGAAGAGCUCAUGGAGGAGAACAGUUUAACUGAUCUCCUCCUCACUGGUGCAGAGGCGGUCGAGGCGGGGGAUCCAAGAUUUGCCUUGGCAGUGUUCUCAAGGCUUGAUGGCCUCCUCCUUGGCAGCCCUGAAAAUGCAGCAGCCGGCUCUUUUGAUCGCCUGGCCUACCACUUUGCCCAAGGUCUGCGGUCCCGGAUCUCCAGUGCAAGCACCAGUUGCUCUCCGCCGGAGCCACUGGCGUCUGACAGAAUGUCGGCGCAGCAGAUUAUACAAGAGCUGUCACCGUUUGCCAAGUUUGCGCACUUCACUGCCAACCAGGCCAUUCUAGAUGCCACCAAGGGCGAUACACAUGUGCACGUUGUCGACCUGAACAUUGGCGAGGGCAUCCAGUGGCCAUCGUUCAUGUCAGAUCUUGCCCGUCAUGGCGGCAUGUCAUUCCACCUCACGGCGAUCACAGCAGACGCCGACUACACCGACGGCGUUCACCAUGCAUCUGCGCGGCGGCUCUCGGAGUUCGCUGACUCCUUGAACCUCCCGUUCCAGUACAGCUGUCUCUGUUUACAUAGUGAUGAAGACCUGCAUGAAUUCUCCAAGAACUGUAAAGGUUCGGUGAUCUUCUCAUGCGACACAACAAGCAUGCCUUACAAGUUGCUGAGCAAGUUACCGGCACUCCUACCUGCCUGUGUUAAACUGUUACAGCCAAAGUUAAUGGUCGUCGUAGAAGAGGAGCUGGUUAGAAUCGGAAAGGAGGUGUCUCUAUGUAAGGCCUCCUUUGUCGACUUCUUCUUCGAGGCAUUGCACCACUUUACCACGGUGUUCGAGUCACUGGCCAGCUGCUUCGUUGGUGGUAACCAGGGGGCGUGCCUGAGACUUGUGGAGAGGGAGAUGGUGGGGCCAAGGAUACAAGACUUUGUGGGGCAGUAUGGGUCUAUGACAGUUGAGGUCACUGCUCCUCGGGUUUUGGAAAGGUACGGGGCUUGUGACCUGAGUGGUUGCAAUGUUGCUCAGGCCAGGAUGCUGGUUGGGUUGUUCAAUAGGGGGUUUGAGGUUGUGCAUGAGAAGGGUAGGCUUGUGUUGUGCUGGAAGUCCAGGCCAUUGACCUCUGUGUCUGUUUGGGCUCCAAUCUUAAAAGAAAGGAGCUCAUGGUGCGUCGGGGGCUGGCAUGCUCCUUUCCUUCGGCGCUGUCUCGAUCCGGCUUGCCUCUGUGCGCCGCUGCAUCUUGCGGCGGCCCUCGGCUUCUCCGGCGAGCGACUGUUCCAGCUCGGGGAGGCGCGACCCUGGCUGUUCCUGUGCUCGGUGGGGCAGACUAAUUUCUGCCCAGAUCCGGUGCGCGCCGAUGUGGUCUCAAGCACCGUCGUAGCAUCAGCAAGAAGAAUCACCUGGCACAUAAAAAACAUCAGCGUGAAUGUUAAUUUGGCCAACAGAGUCAGGGACGUGGAGUUUCUACACCUGAGCUCAUAUGCUCCUGCUAUGAACAAAGCUGAGGUGCUCCAGCCACUGAUCCUCACCAUCGUCGACCAUUAUCGAGAAGGCGGAGGUGCAACAGAAAACAAACUGAGAAAAGGUCCUCCGGCUCAAGGGGCUCAAGAUCUUGGCAUGGAGGUUCUGAUUUCAGCUGUGACAGGUGAUCUUGUCAGCCGGUUCAUCUCUUUCCUGGCGCAAAAUUAUGGCACUCAAGCAUGUGAGGAGGACCGUAGAAGGCUGGAACGCAUCUUGCUAAGGAUGAACAUGGUUGUUGAGGAAGCAGAGGGGCGGCACAUCACAAAUCGAGGGAUGUUCCUGCAGCUGAAGACACUCAUGGAGGGCGUGUAUCUCGGGUACUACAUGCUUGACAGGCUCAAGUUCCAACCCCUUGGAGAAGAGAGCAUUGCAGAUGAUGAGGUGAGUCACUGGAGCCAAUCUCUUGCCGUUUCUACUUUUAACACCGCCAAGCGCCUUCGUUUUGCUGUUGCUGCUUCUAUGAUGAAGAACACACCGAUAGCAUUUGGUACCAGGAGCACAACAAAGUUGAAAAGUGUUCUUGAAAGCUUAGAGGCUACGACUGCAGAUAUGAGAGAGUUUGUCGUGCUCCUCGGCAGCUGCCCUCGUCUUCCUCGCCAGCCAUACUGUAUGUACCUAUACAUGGAUAAGUGCAUGUUUGGUCGCCAUGUCGAGAAAGAGCAACUUAUCAACUUCUUGCUAUGUGAUGACAGUCGUCACGAUUGCACACAUAUUAGCAUCCUGCCGAUCAUCGGCCCACACAGAAUCGGGAAGAAAACACUGGUGCAACAUGCUUGCAAGGAUGAGAGGGUGUGCAAUCGUUUCUCCCACAUGUUUUUCUUCAAAGGAGAUGAUCUAGCGAACGGAGUAUUUGCAUUGAACAACCAGGCAGCCUCAGGGAAGUACUUGUUUGUCGUGGAUUUCAUCUUCGAUGUGGAUGAGGCAGCAUGGACAAACUUCCAAUCAUAUUUGCAGAAGUUGCCAGGUGCUGGGAUCAAAAUUGUAGUAACAGGCAGAGCAGAGCAAGUUGCAAACUUGGGGACUGCUCAACCCAUCAGGCUGAAGAGUCUGUCUCAAGAAGAGUACUGGUACUACUUCAAGGCACUUGCCUUCGGAAGCAUGGAUCCUGAUGAUCAUCCGAAACUGGCAUCUCUGGGCAUGCAACUAGCGGCGCUCCUACAGGGAUCAUUUCUUGGUGCAAACAUACUCGGCGAGCUACUAAGAGCUAAUCCAAGCACAGAAUUCUGGCGUGGAGUAUUAUCGAGCAUAAGAGGACUAGUUCGCGAGCACUUAUCGUCCUUCGGCACGCACCCAGAGGACCUCCUUGGUAGAAAUUUCCCUGUGAAUUUCGGCAGUGCGGCCUUGGUGGGUGGUCAGGCUCAGCGAUACCUGGUGUAUGAUCUUCGGGAGGCUGGCCCUGGUCAAAGUGAGCUGCCAAAACUGACAUCGCAAGAACUACUGACAGGCCGUGAUAUACCUGUUGAAGACAAGUUUGAGGUGCUAGUAAGGAGAUCUCGGAUCCCGCCUUACGGCGACUACGUUGUUACUUACGAAAAACAGAAGAAUCAUGUGGCAGUGAGAAAACGUCAGCGCAAAAGUUAAUCUGGCAAACAGAAGAGUGCACAAAGGACUUAGAUCCCCUUCCUUGUAGUUUAGUAAAUUAUUGUUCCCCUUUUUUGAGAACCUAUUAUUCCUUUUUCUAUACUGAUAUACUAUGUGUGUAUAUGCACUUUUUAGAUGGGGUAUGUGAAGUGCAGUGAGUUACUGUUGCUAGCCUGAGUUGUGUGUACGUACGUAAUUGAAGCCUCGUGUAAGGAAACUGCUUAAAACUUGUGACUACUGUGUCUCUGUGUGUGAGCAUUUCAAUGUAACUCCCCAGUAUGUGUUGGUGGCUA